AGGAGACCGACGCAAUCCCCGUGAUGAAUGAAUUUCUUUUGUAAUACCAGCAGCGAGAGAUAAGAAACAGAAUGGAUGAUAUCGAUCAAUUUUUCCAAGACUCGCAUUAUAAUGUCAUUCGAGUGCUAUUAAGUAUCAGCGGCCUAUGGCCUUUUCACCCGCGAAACAGGCGCUACGCAAUAUAUCUCGCUGCGGUAUUAAUACUCGGAUCUGGAUUCAUAUUUGAGAUGUUAGGUGUAAUUGAAGUCAAGCACAAUUCCUUCGAAGUGAUCGAUGCCCUGCCGUUGAUUUCUUACGCGAUACUGGCCUUUUGUAAACUGUUCUCUUUGGUAUAUACGUUACCGAAGGUCAAGGAGCUUUUUAUAAAGAUGCAAGAGUGCUGUCUCUCCCCAAAAUUGGAUGAGGAAGCUAAGAUACAGAAUUCGUACACUCAAUACGGUCGAAAGUUAGGCUACGCUUAUACGGGUUUCAUACUAAGUCUGAGCGUUUUGUACAUACUUUCGACAUUACUGACAAGAUUUUUCUUCUAUACGAAAUCCGAGAAGACCGAUGAGAUAUCAAGUACAAUAGGAUUGCUUCAUCGGGUUAAUUAUAUGGUUGAUCUAGACACAUACUACAUUCCAAUUUUUAUACACAGCGCCAUAUGCGACUUUUCUUUUACUUACUUACUUGUUAUAUUUGACGUUCUGUAUUUAACUCUGGUCGAACAUUGCUGCGGAUUGUUCGCGGCUUUGAGAUACCGGUUGGAAACCGCGUUGGUUUACGAAAACGACAGAUUGACAACUACGAAAGAUAAAUCUUAUGCAAACAAUUCUGCGUGCAAUAUUCGCAGACACACAGAAACGAUGCAAUGCUAUUCGGAAAGCGCAUUUGAAUCUGAAAGUGAAAAUAACAACAUGCAGAAUAAAUAUUACUCAAAUAUCGUAUAUAGUGUUCGAAAACACGCGGAGGCAAUACAAUUUGCCGCAGCCAUAGAAUCGCUGUAUAGGUUACCAUUUUUUUUACAAAUGGUAAUUAAUGUGUCGGUGAUAAGUAUCGUAGGAUUUCAGGUGGUAACAAGUAUGGAACAAAGCCUCAGCCGCCUCAUGCCGUACGGCUCUUAUCUGAGUGGCCUUGUGGUGAACAUCUUCUUGGAAAACUGGCAAGGUCAGAAAAUCAUGGACUGCAGCGAAAAGGUGUUUGAGUCCGCAUAUAAGUUAGAGUGGUACAAGAUGCCGGUAAUGUCGCAGAAGCUUCUGAUAAUGAUCAUGAUAAGAAGUAAAAAACCACUGACUAUAACUGCGGGGAAAAUUCUUAUUCUCUCCUACGUGACUUUUAACACGGUGAUGCGUACAGGCUUCUCGUACUUCAUGAUUCUACGAUCCGUGCAAUAAAAAUUUAAACAUACUAAGAGUAAUUUCUGAGAUAUGACCUUCGUAAUUCAGUAACUCGUUCGUUAACUAGAAGAUACGUAUCUAGUUAUAUAAAGUUUUGUAUCUUCCAUCAUGCAAAUUUUUUAUGUAGCUAAAUAAAAUUAGAGAAGAAUU